CUCCAUAGCCAUACAUACCUUAUCUAGCAAGCCAACAAUGAAGACCAAAGCAACAGCAAAAUUCUGGUUUCUCUUUCUCUUUCUCUUCAUCUCCACCAGAAGAUCUGUUCAUUCAGAGAGAGUUGAUCUUGUGAACGACUCAAAAGGCAGGGCACUGUUAAUCGAUCGAAGCUACUUCAUCUUGCUCGACAAUGGCGGAUCCAUCACAGCCGUUGAUACAAGCUUCUGUCAAAUCUCAGUCAUUCAACUACUUCACAACAUCACGAUACCUUCAAAGAUCUCAAUCUCACAUGACAGCUUCGGCUUCAUCACCACUGGUUUUCCCAUAUCCAUAUCGUUCCCAAGCUUCACAGUUCCUUCUCUCUGCAUCAGUUCUAACAAAUGGGUCGUCGUCAAGUCAAAACCUUUAGGCAAACAUGUGAUGGUUGGUGAUGAAGCAGAUUAUGACAACGUUGUUUGUGGUUCUUUCUAUUUGAAAACAUAUGAUUACGAUAAAGGAUAUUACAAGCCUGUGUUCUGUGAGGGUGAAGGUGAAUCUGAUUGUACACACAUUGGAGUUCAGUUUGACGAUGAGUAUUUUAGGCGUUUGGUGGUCACAGAUCAUUUGGAGCCUUUGAUAUUUAAGUUUGUGAUGGCUGAAGAUGAUAGCUUUGCUCUUGAAGAUUCGUCCAUUGUUCGUACGUGGUGAUGUAGAUUCAAAAAGAAGAAAUAUGCUAAGGGUGAAUCUCAAUUGUUGUGAGUUUGUUUUCUGAAGUUCACUUAACAAUAGUAAUUGUGAUAAUAUGAUUUGUUU